CCCCCCCCCCCCCCCCCCCCCCCCCCCCCCCCCCCCCCCCCCCCCCCCCCCCCCGCGCCCCCCCCGCCCCCCCGCCCCCCCCGCCGCGCCUUAUUAACAAUUAUUAUAAAUUAUUUCUAUUUUAGUACCAUUGCUUUAUUGGGAACAAUUACAAUGUUCUGCAAAUCAGAAUACAAUUAGUAUUAUUUAUAUGGUGUUUCCGUACUAUAAAGAUGCUUCAUUACACGAUGCCUUAGCUAUUAAAACAAGAUAUACGGUGAGAACAUUGAUUAAUUUAUUUUUAAGUAUAUGUGAAGGAAUUCAAACUAUUCAUGAAGCUCAAAUGGCUCACAGGGAUAUUAAACCAAGUAAUAUCAUGAUGAUUAGUAAUACUAAUUGUAUAUUGCUUGAUUUUGGAUCAAUGACAACUUCAAAGAUAAAAGUAAACACUCGACAAGAGUCUCAACAAUGGCAGGAUUGGGCUGCUGAAAAUUGUUGUUUACAAUACCGUGCUCCAGAACUGUUUCAUAUUGAGACAGGUAGUGUUAUAACAGAAAAAACAGGUCCAUUUGACAAUGUUUAUUCUCGAGGUGAUAGUGUGGCAUUGGCUGUUACAUCAGGAAUAAUCGAGGUGCCCAAAAGUCAAGCGUUAACAUAUCCAACUGAAAUUGUCGAGUUAAUGUUACUUAUGCUGCAAACGGAUGCUGAAAAACGACCUACAAUCUCUGAUGUUAUUGAAAAACUUCAAGAUGUAUCGCGUUUUACUAUGGAUCUAGUAUAA